AUGUCCAGUGUGGAUAAUACAUCUUCAACUUCACUACACGAUCCUUCAUCCAUGGAGACAACAACUUCAGAGCCCUCACCAACAGGCUGGCCUAUGUGCACUGUGACUUGGACAUCAGAAAGCUGUGCUACCACAGAGAGCCAACAGCUGAGCCAAGGCAAUCCAAGUACCCCUUCUCCAUGGCAACCUAUUACCCAGCCUGGGUCAGUGUACUGUGAGCAUUCAAGGAGAGGACAAAAGAGGAAGCGCCAGGCAGAGAGUCCACAGGAUGUGCAAUCUUCAGAGCCAACCCAACCUCUAAAGAGAUUGAAACGGGAGCAGCAUGAACGAGAGCUUGGGUUUGAAGAGCCAGCCAAGGGUGAGAGAAGAAAAACCCAUGUAGAUACUGGAUUACAGCUAAAGCCCACAGAGGGUAUCAAAGUCUCUAGAGAAGUGGCUUUGAGUGAUACAAAGUCUGUGGAUGCGGGGAAAGGUCCCUAUCUUCCUUAUAGCACCAUUGAAGUAGUUGAACAGAAUUACUAUAAUGGAAUGAUGGCAAGCUUCUUGGUUUACCUUCAACCCAGUGGCUCAGGGAUCUCAGAUUCUCCUGGUUCUCACUGGAUUCUACUGGAUGCCUUAGAGAGGCUGAAUGGCUGUGUGGAUGGGGAGAUCCAUGCUUCUGCAACACCUCAAAUCUCCACAGAAAGAGGCAGCAACAGCAUUCUGCCCAAUCAAAUGCCAUUUACCAUGGUCAAAGCAAAAGCUCCAAAAUAUGCAGACAGGAGCACAGGGCUGGACCGAGGCCCUCUGAUCACAGUGGACAUGCAAAAGGAAAUCAGUAGUGCUCUAGGCCCAGGGCCAAAAGAUGAGAUCUUGUGUCGUGCCUUCAAGAUGGCAAUUACUCGAGAAGACAUGCGCACUCUGAGGGACACCCAGUGGCUCAAUGACACAGUCAUCAAUUUUUACAUGAAUCUUCUCAUGGCCAGAAACCAAACUGAAGGAUACCCUGCACUUUUCGCCUUUAAUACUUACACCAAGUUACAGAAUGGGGGCUACAGGUCAGUCAAAAGAUGGACCAAGGCAGUAGACCUCUUUGAAAAGGAACUGAUCCUGGUGCCGGUAAACCUGAAUAUGCACUGGAGCCUUGUGGUGACCUACAUGAGAGAGAAGAGGAUUGUCUACCUGGAUUCCAUGGGACACAAGAGACCAGAGGUCCUUGAGCUGAUUUUCCACUAUCUGCAGGAGGAGAGCAGAGCUAGAAGGAAUGUGGACCUGAACCCUCUGGACUGGAAGCAGCACAGCAUGCCAGCAGAGGAGAUUCCUCAGCAGGGGACUAUCAGUGACUGUGGCAUAUUUACCUGUCAAUAUGCAGAUUACAUCUCCAGAGGCCAACCCAUCACCUUCUCUCAGCAGCACAUGCCUCUGUUUAGGAAGAAGAUGGUGUGGGAAAUCCUGCACCAGUGCUUACUGGAGCCCCAGCCCACUGGCUGCUGA